AUGUUUUCCACAUUUCGAUAUUCGGUAAAGUCGUUAUGGCUUUGCAAAUAUAGUAUAUCACGGACUUCGUCGAUUUUACCGCGCGAUCAACAUAGUUGUAUAAUGUAUAAGAAACCUUUUAAUUGUCUUAUGAAAAUUUCACUAAAUAAUAGUUAUUCUACUUCAGCAAACGAAAAGUCAAAAGAUCAAACAAAUUUUCAACAAACUAAAGAUGAAUCCAAAUUGCACACAAGUAUAUCCUCACUUCUUUCCAAAGUGCAAGUUCCUACAACUAUAAUAUCUAAACUUAAGCUCAACGCACAAAAGCAACUAUUAAUUGAUCGAAUAAAGAAAUUCACUAAUGCACAGGAUGUACUCAUUAUUGCAUCAAAUAAUUUAAAUAAAUUGACAGGAUAUACCGUGGUGGAGAACUUAAAAGAAAAGGUGAUUCAGAGGGAAAAAGAAUUCGAAACAGCACGAAAAUGUCUUGCAGCAGCUAAACUCGCAUAUGAAGAAGUUAUCGCUGCGCGAUCUUCAACACAACGUGAAAUCAAUGAAUUACUUCAACGUAAACAUUUAUGGUCAAAUGAUGAUGUUACUAGAUUUACACAGCUUUACAAAAACGAGCAUAUAAACGAACAGGCUGAAUCUGCUGCCAGAGAAGAAUUUCAGAGAUGUGAACAAAAAGUUGAACAAGAAUAUACAGAGUUAGCUCGAUCAAUUAUGUUACGAUAUCAUGAAGAACAGAUCUGGAGUGAUAAGAUUCGUAGCGCAUCUACAUACGGUACCGUUGCCUUAAUGAUACUCAAUGUAAUCUUAUUCAUUGGUGUGCAAACUAUCUUUGAGCCAAGAAAACGACAAAAGCUAGCUGAUAAGUUUGAAGAAUUGCUUAUUCAAAAAACGGGCAAUGAAGAAAGUAAAUCGGAAGCCGGAAUUGUACAUACAUUAACGAAAAGGUUUGAAAAUUUAGAAGGAAAAGUAGAUGAAUUGACACAAACAAUAACACCGACAUUUAACAAACUUUCUAAUUACGUCAUGAGAGAUUUUGAACUCGCUACUGGCAAUGAUUCUGAAUUACAAAUGACACCGAAAAAACUCGAAACUUUUAUGAGAGAAUUUGAAAAGUCUAUGGACGAAAGCGAUCGAAUUCGAAAACCUAUUCAUCUUAAGAAAAAUGAAAUUGGCAGUUAUAUAUUUAUAUCAGCCAUCUUAGGAGCAUCCGUGGGUUGGCUUAUCAGCUUCACGAUGACUGAAUUAUUCCGCAGAUGA